UGCAGCCUCUUUAAAAAUGUUGAAACAAUGAUGACUUCCGUUUGUUAUUGUUUUGAAGGUGACGUGGUUUCCGGCCGCCAACACCAGCGGCACUUUUUCGCGGCAAAAUGGAAUGAGCGUCCGAAGAUGAUUUAUUCCAGCGUCUAAGGUUAAACAAGUAGUUACUGUCGAAGCCACUAUUGAGAGUUUCACAAAGUAACGUUAGAUCUCCGCUGCUGCUAUGAAGUGAGCGCAGAAGCUACGUCUCAGCUACAAAGAAGCAUCGGGUCGUCUCACGCUGUAACCUUCUCCACAACUAAAGUCAUCCAAGCUGGUCACGAAUCGGCUCAAAACAAUGGCACAAGUAACCGGAGAAAGCCUCCAAACAGAGCUGGAAAUGUUCGGCAUCGAGUGCAAAGAUGACGCCGUCCUCGAUAAGAUGGUGGAGCAGUGUAUUUGUAGCAGGAUACAGGCAGACGAGAUGGUGCUGGAGUGGGUGGCCUACAGCUCCACAAAAAAUGGGCUGAAACUCACCACAGACACCCUGGAUCAGUUUGAUCACGAGGUGUUAAACAAGAAGAGUAAAUCCAAAAAAAACUUCAGAAAAGAAGAAGCUCGUAACAGAACCAUGGACAUCCACUCACUGCCGGACUUAAUCAAAGUUGAUGAAGAGGAGGAGAGUCUGCUGGACGCGUACUCCACCCCUGGCAAGGGUUCUCAAAAGCGAGCACUGACCACUCCUGAAAACCCUCGCUCGAAAAGAGGUGCAGCUCUGCUGAGCAGCCCGAGCCUGCUGCUCUCACCUGCUAGCUUUUCUCCCAGUGCAACGCCCUCACAGAAGUACAGCCAGCGAGGAGCCAAAGGGGAGGUGGUGGUUUCGUUCGGGGUGGUUCAGGGGACCCGGUGGGCGGGCAGACAGACGCCUGGCGCCGGCGUCCAGCUGGAGCUCCUGGAAGGGCCUGAAGACUCGCUCCGCUGCAGCUACAAGUACAUGUUCCAGAGGCUACGCGACAUCCGAAACGUGCUGACAGAAAAAAUAGAGGAGCUCGGCGACGGCCUCAGGUCCCACUUCAACAUCGAGGAGUUUGCACCCGUCUCUCUGCCUGCUCAGGACUGCAUCACAGUAGUGGGGCAGAUUUGCUGUGAUAGCAAUGGCAAACUGAACGCACACUCAGUUCUGUUGGAGGCGGGACCUGAGCAAGGCGGUCAGCAAAUACCUGUUGACCUAUCAGAGCUUAAAGCGUACUCCCUGUUUCCUGGUCAGGUGGUGGCGUUGGAGGGAAUGAACACGACGGGGAAAAAACUGAUGGCUUCCAAACUCUAUGAGGGAGUCCCUCUUCCUUUCUACUCUGCAGAGGUGAAAAUGGAGGACGCAGAGCCGAUGAAUGUACUUGUGGCCUGCGGACCCUACACUCCUUCUGACAGCCUGACCUUUGACCCUCUACUGGACCUAAUCAGCAUUAUUGUUAAGGAUCGUCCUGAUGUCUGCCUGCUGUUGGGCCCGUUUGUGGACUCCAAGCACGAACAAAUUGAGAAAGCUCAGGUGACCGAAACGUUCGAGGCCAUUUUCUCAAGAUGUAUCGAAAGCAUUGUCGAUGGCACUAAAAGUGUUGGCUGCCGCCUGGUGUUCGUGCCCUCCCAGAGGGACAUCCACCAUCACUUCAUCUACCCUCAGCCUCCCUUCACCCUGCCAAACCUCAGCAAGGACCAGGCCCAGCGUGUCACCCUGGUCCCUGACCCCUGCACCCUGCUCAUUGAUGGAGUGACCUUCGGCUUGACGUCCACCGACAUCCUGUUCCACAUGGGCGCGGAGGAGAUCAGCUGCGGCACCGGAUCGGACAGAUUUACACGCAUACUGAAGCACAUGCUGACUCAGAGAAGUUACUACCCGCUGUACCCGCCGGUGGACGAGGUGAACAUGGACUAUGAGAAGUUCCAGAGCUUUGGUCAGAUGCCGCUGACUCCCGACGUGCUCAUUAUUCCCUCUGAGCUGCGCUACUUCGUAAAGGAUGUGGUCGGCUGCGUCUGUGUCAAUCCCGGGCGGCUGACCAAAGGCCAGGUGGGCGGGACCUACGGCAGGUUGCUGAUUCAGCGCAGCGCCGCGCCCGAAGGCGGCAGCAGAGUGAGCCCCUGUUUGACAGCUCAGGUCGUCAAAAUCUGACACUGAAAAGACACUGAUUUCGUAAGUGGGACCUGUUCAGAUGCAGCUUCGAACUCUGCUGUCCAGGCACGCUGAUAAAAAUAUGUAAAAAUGUUUUUAAAAAACCCAAAAAUUCACUGUGCCAUGGUUUAUUUUUACAAACAUGUUUGGGGGCAUCAUUAAUCACAUUGAAUAUCGGUUUCUCAGGCUAAACAGCCAAAACAAUGUCUUUUGAAUAAAUUAUUCUUCAUAUUG